CUUCAGCGUGAUUCCACACCAGCAGCGUAAUCCGGGAGGCCGUCCCGAAACGGAUCUUCCUCGUCCUCGUCCUCGUCCGGUUCACCCAACGCCACCCCAGCCUUGGCUGCAAUGUUGAGUCGAAGACAGUUGAGGGAGCUGGAGCUGAUAAGCAUUGAAAAGCAAAAGAUUAUAUUGCGAAGGAGGAAAAGGAUACGAGAAGAACUUUUACGGAGAGGGAGAUGGGAUGUGCGUCCAUCAGUGGCGGCGCCAGAGAUUUUUUUCUGGUGGUGCUAUGGGGGUGCUCGGCGUUUUACUGAGGGUGCUAUGAAAUUAGGGUGAUAGCAUAUGAGUCUAAUUUUUCUCUACUACAACACCUCCCCACCAUAUCGUCACAUAUGUUUACACGUUUGCUCUCUAACGGGUCUUUGGGGUACAUAAAAAGCGCCAUUCAAAUCGAUCGUAUUAUUAUUGUCAUUAGGCUACUUCUGACGGACGCGCACAAAGCCGCGUUCAUCUCCGACGGUCAAAAUGGAUGCAGCAUGUUAUAGAUAACGUAAUCCCAAAUACUUCACUUACUUCAGUGUGUUGAUUAAAGUUUGCGCCAGAUGACUACCAGGUCACCACUACCAUGAGCGACAAAUUAAACUAAACAUACCAAGUUCAAUACACUUCUAACUAAAGACGGCAGAUUAGAAUGUCAGAUAGAAUUAACUUAAACAGGCAAAGAGUCAGAAAUGCUUUCAAAAAGAGUAUAUUAUUUUAGGUCACAAUCAAAACAUGAAUGAAACCAAGCAGUAGGCACUCAAAACCACAAUAAUAAGAGAUCAAAAAGUGUUAUGAAAGCCAAUGGUUGUAUACGUUGGCUCCCGAUGAAACCCGUGCACUCCUCCACCGAGAAAAUGCCUGCAGGCAAAGCAAAAGACGGCAUCCUGAGAUACACUGUAUUCCAACCACGGAUAUGGUUCCAUCCAGCUCUUACAGAAACUUCUUUGCUGGACUCCAAACAUCCGAGUUGGAUAUUUUUGUAAUAUUGGUCUUUUCGGACCAUCCUCAUGCUUAAGUCACCCAGGGUUCUAGCAUCAUGGCUAGCAGCGCCCUCAGUAGAGGUGAAGGGUUGACUUGGACCAGGACGUUCCUCUUCUUCUACAUCAGAAUCGAAAUCCACUACCUCUUGCACGUCUUCUUCAACUCGAGGAAUUUUUCGGAUCAAAUACCGAUCCAUUUUCGUGAUUUUGUGAACGCUUGACUUAAAAUUGACCGAUCGCCAGGAUUACUGUUACUUAGCCUACUACUCAUUGAACAAUCACGUUCACGCACGCAACGUGUCUGUGUCGUGCUACGUGAACAAUCUGUUUAUUUCAAUCUGUUAUUUUCUUUUGUGAUUAAAAUAUUAUUAUCACACAAUAAAUUUUAUUAAGAACUCAGAAUGAAAUUAAAUAACAAUAAUAAAUAAACCAUUAUUUUCUUGGGGGUGCUAUGGGGGUGCUAUGGCCAAUCUAGGGGGUGCUCUAGCACCCCCUAGCCCCCCCCUGGCGCCGCCACUGGCGUCCAUUGAAUUAAUCGAGGUGGAGUACUGGUGAAUAUGCAACACUGGUACUACCAUUGAGGAAUAUGGACGAAGCAAAGCACUUUCAGUAUUUUAGAAUGUCGGCAUGCAGGUUUGAUGACCUUCUUUGUCGUGUGCGACCUCACUUACUGCAUUGUGGCACACACAGCAUGCCAAUUGAUGUUGCCCAGAGACUUGCUGUGACAUUACGAGUUUUAGCCUCUGGUGGAAGCCAGCAGGCUAUAGCUGAAAGCUACAAACUGGCUUCCUGCACUGUGUCCGGCAUUGUGUCAGAGGUUUGCCAGGCAUUGUGGAAAGCUCUGCAGCCAGAAUACUUGCCCUGUCCUUCCACCCGCAAGUGGGAAGUGAUAGCAGAGGAUUUUUGGCAAAAGUGGAACUUCCCAAACUGUGUCGGAAGCCUCGAUGGGAAGCACGUUACCAUCAAGGCCCCACCUCAUGCCGGGAGUGACUACUUCAAUUACAAACUAAGUCAUUCUAUUGUCCUGAUGGCGAUGUGUGAUGCUCGAUAUCGGUUCACUAUGUUGGACAUCGGGGGAUAUGGACGGGAGAGCGACGGCGGUGUUUUUAAGGAGAGCGAAUUUGGGUCACGGCUGCUCGAAGACAAGCUGAACCUGCCGCCGCCAGCUUUUCUUCCCGGGACCACGAUCGAUGCCCCCCACGUAAUUCUUGCUGAUGCUGCCUUUCCCCUGCACGCGAACAUCAUGCGUCCAUUUUCAGGUGCAGAUCUGAGCAGGGAAAAGCAGAUUUUUAAUUACAGACUCUCCAGAGCUAAGAGGGUCAUUGAAAAUGCCUUUGGCAUCUUGGCAGCACGAUGGCGGAUUCUGGGCAGGUCAAUGGAGUUCCAGCCAGAUAAAGCUGUUGAUGUUGUCAAGGCCUGUGUUGUUUUACACAAUUUCCUAGCCUGUGCGGAUGUGUCAUCUGGGGGCCGCUACAUACCAGAUGGUUACUCUGAUGCAGAGUCAGGAGGAUCGGUAACGCCUGGUGAGUGGCGCCGUCAGUCUAUCACUGACACCACCAGUGGCGGCUGCUGGUCUUUUAAAGAGGGGAAGCUCAUUUUUGGCCUAUAUCAAAAUAGUUGUCAAAUUAUUUAAGGAAAUGCGGAAAGUAUGUUAAACUGAAACAAGGAAAUACAAUAAAUGUGUUUCAUUCACAGUGUAAGAAAUUAAUAAUGGAAGCAAUUUCGCCAAGCAAAUACCAAGAAAUGUGUUGCAGUUUGUCAUGAGACUUAACUUGCAAAAUCCGCGAUGAGACUGAACUCAGAUAGUGAAGUGACUGUGUAUAUCUCAAAAUAGCUGUCAAUCAAAAAGUGAUUCAGACUUUCGACUGAUCCUCCAAUCAAAACGCGGAAGCCCAGCGUCCAGGCUAGCCCAGGCCAGCCCACUGCUCCAUCCACCCCCAGAGACGCUGAGCGUCCGGGGGCGGGACAAAUCUGGGCAUUUAUCCAAUGACUGUCGAGUUUCGAGGCAAUGAAAAAAACUGUUCCAUGCAGUCUCAUUGAAGUGAAUGGACGCUCGGCUUCUACGGUCUAAUGCAUUGACAUUACGGGAAUGUAUGAGAAGUUAACAAAAUCGAGUCAGUCUUGGAUAAGAUUCUUAUCGAACUCGUCUUCGACAUGAACGUAUUUUAACGAAUUUGUAGUCAAUGAAAUGUUAACACAACAAUACAUAUUUGACAAUUUAAUGUUCGAAAUUUUAGCGGAAGCCGAGCUUCCCUUGCAGUCUUAGAGAAAUCGCCACUGGACACCACAGAUGUCCAGGACCCGUGCCACCAGAGCUGCCCAGGUUGUGAGGAAUGACAUUAUGCAGUUCUUCCAGACGCCUGGGGGAGCGGUUCAAUGGCAGAACGAAAUAGUAUCCUGUGGCACACUUCGCACCUGAUGAGCCUACUGUAUACACUGACUAGGAUUUGUUAAUAAAAAACAUCUGUUUCGAUACCUAUUUGUUGUGUUAUUUUAUCUUGACUUUUCAUACAAACAAGGUGCCAGACACAUACUAUUCAAAUAAUACUAGAAAUCAAAUAUGAAGUUCAAAGAACAGCAUAGUGUCUUUAGGCAUAUGAUCAGUCCAGUAUUUUAUAAAAGCAGUCUGUAUAAACACUUAUACAGCUGCUUUAGGUUUGAGAAAUUAUUUGAUACAAGUCUUUCACCCCAAAGGGAGCGGUCGUGUGGCACUUGACCACAACUGACCUGAUGAUUUUACCUGUUACAUUAAGGUUCCUGGCCUUUUGUCUUUCUAUGUAGAGUCGUCAGACAUAGCUCCUGUCGAAUGUGUUUAGUGAGAAAUGAUUCGAUGCAAGUCUUUCACCCCAAAGGGAGCGGUCGUGUGGCACUUGACCACAACUGACCUGAUAACGACCUGGUGAUUUUACCUGUUACAUUUAGGUUCCUGGUCUUGUGUCUUUCUAUGCAGUCGUCAGACAUAGCUCCUGGCGAAUGUUUUUUUUUUUUAGCUUGAGCUAUUAGAACCCAUUAGCUGGCUUUUGUGUUCUGUCUUGACCUUACCAACUUUUAGCAGUGUAUAUUAAAUUGAAAAAGGUAAAACUCCUGUUUCACAACCAAACAAUUUUUUAUUAAAACAGACAAGAAAAGGUGCAAAAUAUAGAAUAGAUACAAAUUAUAAAAGCAAGCACAGUGCAAAAAAUAUAAUAAUAACAAUAAAAACACACAUAAGUGAGAACAGUGCAAAAAAUAUUAUAACAAUACAAACACACAUAAAAGUGAGAACAGUACAAAAAAUAUAAUUAUAAUAAAAGUAAGAACAUUGACAGGGGGCUUUCAGCAGUAAGGAGCAUUUUACAUGGGGCUUUCAGCAUUUUUUUAAUGCCUCUGUCACACUAAAUUUGUACCGGCUGCCAAAUUUGUACCGGGCGCGUCAUCAAUACGUAAUCCAUUCCAAACCUGCCCGGCAACAGAUGAUCGCGUCGUCCGUUGCCUGGCAACGGGCGAUCGCGUUGAAUGACGUGAAAGGUUCGCGAACCUUCUAUCUAGCGAUCCGUUAUCUGUAUUGUGCUAUUUCGUCCUUGACCUGCUUUAAACACUCAGUUUACUUGCUAAAUUUGAUUAAACAAUGAAAUACAAUACAAAUAUAAAGUAAAAACAAGUGUUAUCUAGCGAUCCGUUUUCUGUAUUAUGUUAUUUCGUCUUUGGCAACAUGAGCGCGAAUGUUUUAUGAAACCCGCUUU